AUGCCAUCAAUUAAAUUUAGAACUACAGCCAGUGAAGCAAGCAAUAGUACGAAUAGUCAUGACGCUCCUCCUUCCCGUCGACGCCUUGGUGGGCUUGCAGACUUGUAUCUGCGAAAAAGACUCACCCGUGAUUCGCAUCCUGCUCUGAAAGCAGUAAGAGAUGAUGGAGAGGCGACUAGCGAUAUGUUACUGGUUCCCACGGCUCCAGGAACCACCUCAGACUUAUCGCUCGUUCAACAACAAAGCCAAAAUGGGAUAAAUGAGCAGAUUGAAUCGGAUGAUGAGGGUGAUGUGCUGCAAGAUCUGUACAUAGAUGUUGAAGCAGAAAAUAAACGCUUCAAAACGGCAUUGGAAGAGUACGAAAGUACAACUGCCGGAUCGAAAUUCCAGACAGACGUCACAACAAAAUCGGUACACACGUGGGAGGAAGUUCUGCAGGCGAUUAAAAAUGCCAUCUUCAAACAAGAUACCUACGAUAUGGAACUGAGCGAUCUCCUAAAAGCCGUUAGAGACGAAGCUAAAGAGUUUGAACGGGUUGCUCAGUUAUGUUCGUAUGAUGCGAUUAUGAAUGCAAGGAAAUUGAUCAUGGACCAAGGUGACGAAUCGCGCAAACACCGUGAGAUCGUACUGGGCUACUUUGACCAGUCGAGAAAUGAGUUUCAGGAUUUCCGGGAUGAUUUCAAACUGGCAGCUGGAGGUGUAGAUCGAGAGGUCAAACUGAUAAGCAAUGAGGUUUCACAGCUGCGUAGAGUCCUUGCUGGGUUUCUCAGCAGCAAUGCUCGAAUGGAUUUCAAAAUACAGGAUGUCAGAGGGCCGAUGCUUCCCUUGCGCAGGGCAGUGUCGGAAGCCAAUCUAGUGCAAGAUUACCUUGAUGCGAAAAAUGAACUGCUAUCGGACUUUGACUAUGAAAGCUCCGUUGUGCGCAAUGACAUUGAUGCCAGUCUUGAAGCCAUCUGGGCGUUGCCACGAUGCGAUCAAGAUCGGGCAGUUGCAGUCAUGCAAUCACCGAAGCUGCAUUCCUGGAUAACCGAGUCCAGUUCUUCGGCUCUCCUGGUCAAUUUUAAUGACCCCAAGAAGACUGCGUCGACGUCUUUCAUUUCCGCAAAAUUAACGCAUUCGAUCCAGUCAGAUGUCAUAGAUCCGCAUUAUCCCAGAAAUAUCUUUGCCUUAUUUUUUCUUUGUGCAGAGCACAUACGCCCAGACGACCCCGACUAUGGGGUCAGCGGAAUGAUGCGAAAUCUGAUCGGUCAACUGCUCAUUGCCUACCCCGAUUUUGGAAUGAGCGUCAUCAAGCAAAUCCAACGAACAGGUCAAGACGACAUCCGCAGCCUCUGUCAGAUUUUCCAUAUGAUGAUCGCUCAACUGCCACCGUAUGCAACGGUUUUUUGCGUCCUUGACGCGAUUACCGUAUACGAACAGAACGGCUUGCUUCACGAAGAAGGAGAAUAUGCAGUCCAAGAACUCAUGUCCAUCGUGCAAUGGACCAAAGACCAUGGUUGUGAUUUCAAGAUUUUGUUGACGAGUGCAUGGAAUAGCCAUGUCUUUUAUAAGUAUGUACCAGAUCGGCAGAAAGACAUCAUUUGGAUACCAGCGAAGGUGCCCCCGCAGGGCGGCUUUACAAGAAUGAAAUGGGAUUCUAGUGUUGCGUCGGGUGUUGGAAUGUUGGCAGGCCCACGUCGCUGA